CCAGGGAAAGUGGUAAGGAGGGGGAGGGGGUGUCCCGUCUGCACCCGCAGACAGCAGACAGCAGCUGCAGCAAGAGGACCUCUGGUAACGUUCACUGCAUUGCUGAGAGUGACAUAUUAUACCAUUUAAACUUUACCAAUUCUAGAAUAACAUUGUAUUAACGACAGCUAAAAUGGUUGAUCGCGAGCAACUGGUGCAGAAAGCCAGGCUGGCCGAACAGGCUGAAAGAUAUGAUGAUAUGGCAGCAGCCAUGAAAUCGGUGACAGAGUUGAAUGAGGCCUUGUCCAAUGAGGAGAGGAACCUGCUCUCUGUGGCCUAUAAGAAUGUGGUAGGGGCACGGCGCUCGUCCUGGCGUGUCAUCUCCAGCAUCGAGCAGAAGACCUCGGCGGACGGCAACGAGAAGAAGAUGGAGAUGGUGCGUGCGUACCGCGAGAAGAUCGAGAAGGAGCUGGAGACCGUGUGUCGGGACGUGCUCAACCUCCUGGACAACUUCCUGAUCAAGAACUGCAACGAGACGCAGCACGAGAGCAAGGUGUUUUACCUGAAGAUGAAGGGCGACUACUACCGCUACCUGGCCGAGGUGGCCACGGGCGAGAAGAGGGUCGGCGUGGUGGAGUCCUCUGAGAAGUCCUACAGCGAGGCCCAUGAGAUCAGCAAGGAGCACAUGCAGCCCACCCACCCUAUCCGCCUGGGUCUGGCCCUCAACUACUCCGUGUUCUACUACGAGAUCCAAAAUGCACCUGAGCAGGCCUGCCACUUGGCCAAGACCGCCUUCGAUGACGCCAUCGCUGAGCUGGACACCCUGAACGAAGACUCCUACAAAGACUCUACCCUCAUCAUGCAGCUGCUACGAGACAACUUGACACUCUGGACCAGCGACCAGCAGGAUGACGAGGGUGGUGAGACCAACAACUAGAGAGUCCCGAAAGAGACUCCCGUGUCCUGUUUCAGCCAAUACACACAACACCCCGCUCCCUCACAAAUCACAACAAAAUAUGAAACCAGUUCUUAGAAAUAAAUGAUUUGGCUGGUGGAACUUUGGCAGCCACUUUUGCCGUUGAUGAUACUACUGCAGUUCUUCAUUUGUACACAAAUUUAAAAAGUUAAGAAAAAAUUGAAAGAGGAGUAGGAAGGGAGAUGAUUUUAGUUUUUAGUAUAGUUAAAAAAUAAAUAGUUGAACCCCUUCCUUCUUGAUUACCUCUGCGACAUUUGCCAAACCACUUAAGAGGAAGAAGUUCUGUAUCUCAAACAUUCAGUCAGGAAGUAGAGUCUGGCUAUUUGGUUAGAAAUGACACCCUCAUACUGGCAUAAAGACUGUUCUUAAGGCACUAAAUGAAAUGGAGCUUCUUAUUUAACUGAUGUGGUGAGGGAGGAGGAGCAUUCAAAAUCGUAAGGGGAGAUAGAAGCUUGUGCAAAAAAAACAAACUUGAAUGUCAUCGCCUCGCAAAAAGAAAGAGUUGCAAAUAGGUUCCAGAGGGGGAUCGUACCUCUAGCUAACCACUUCAGACUUACCAACAUGGAAUCUAAAAGGUGUGCAUCACCCUGUAAUGGUAAUCGUUGUGUGAAAGCAGGUAUCCUCUGUGAUUAUUGAACAUACAUAACCAAUGUUUUGUUCCCAUGAUGUCAGGAAUGUGUUUGUACUCAGUCACAGACUAUAUUACUGUAACUAAAGUAGUAAAUACACUGCCAGUGCAGCCCUCUAAUGCGCUGAUAUGCUAUACAUACAUAAACAUUUUCAAGCACCUGGUUAUUAUUAUUAUUAUUAUUACUCUCCCCUUACCUAGGUUGUCAAGGUUGCCAUAUUAAUAGAAUAUGAAACUAUGCUAAUACAAAGAAAAUCACUAAAACAAAAAAACAAAACAAAAUCGUGCAGAGGAGAUCAUUUGAUAUUGUAAGACAACAGAAUAUUUUGUCCUAAAUUACGGUAUAUUCAUGUUUACAACAAUCUUGGAUCCAUGACACUGAGUUGACUGGAACCACAUACUCAGUGGACAAAAUACACAUUACCUGGGCUGUAUGGACACGCCUGGUGCCCAAAACUGAUGACGUAUGUCACACAGCUGUGAGUGGAGAUGAAUGGAUUCGGUACUGACAGUCAGUCAGCCAUCCUGAUGAGCCCUUCCCAGCUAGCUAGUUUAUGCUGGUUAGCUGGCAACAACAGCAGCAUGGCACUAGUUAUAGUUAAAAGAAAGUGCUUUUUAUUUCCACGGACGAAAUAACUUGUAGAUUGGUCACCAUCUGGAUGUCACCGUGACAUGCCAAUUAGCUAACGUAACGGCAAGCCGGAGUGAAUGACCAGUGCAAUAGUGUUGUAUCGAGGUACUUCCCAUUUCCCACUGUUGCUUCCCACUGGGCAGCAGUUGCUUCACCAGGCAGCUGUAACACAUUUUCCCUGGCGGUAGCUAUUUGUUUCAUCCCACUUCAUUAUAUUUAGAGUAGGAUAGCAGCCUACACGAGAAAUAACUUGUAAUAUUGGUAGUAUAGUAACCAUCUGGAUGUCACCGUGAUACAGUCUUCUGCUCAAUGGGGCACAGUGUGUCCUUCACCCCACUUGCUGACCACUGCUAUCCUGCUGUAAGGUGAGGAAAGUAGCUAGAUAGUUUAGCCAAUAUCAGGCCGGGUGACAACUAAAGCACAGUUAUUGUAAUGAUUUUAACCGAACCAAAUAUUUCCGUUAAAAACAGAAUGAUUCUGAACACUCUCAAGUCCCAGCUUUGGCAGACAAGUUAAAAAUUCUGUCUGAAGUUUCUAGCAACAAGCAUAAACUAGCUAGCUGGGAAAAGCUCAUUAAGAUGCCUGACUGAAAUGACUGGACCGAAUCCGUUUGUUCCCACUCAACUCUCGCUGCCUGACAGUUUUGAGCACAAGGAAUGUGCAUAUAGUCUCUCCCAAUCUAAAAGCAUAUUUGAGGUUUGUGGAUUUUCUUUUUGUGUUAACUUUUUUAAUUGUCAAGAAAUGCACUUGCCUAUUAAACUGUUUCUUCAGUGUAAGACGAUAACUGCUCCAAUAUUCUCGAUAAUAUAAUAUUGUGCAUGCUGGUGAUGUAUUUAUAUACAGUAGCUUGACUUUAUUAUUAUUAACCUAUACUGUGGAUGUUACGUAUUCAUAUGAACAUGAAAUGACUAGACUUCAGUCUGAUUUAUUUUCUAUUUAUACUUUAUAUUGGAUUGUUGACAUUUUAUUUGAAUCUGUGUUUCCUUUACUCCAUUUGCUGAAAGUACGCUAUGCCAAAACAAUGAUUGUUAACAAUAAAUUGAUCUGUAAUGGACA